AAAUAUUAUGGACUUGUAUGGCUGUCAUAGCAACUGAUAAUAGAGAACUGCAUGCUGCAGAAGAAGCAUACGCUGCUAUUUGUAGAUUUGAUAAAGUAGAUUAUAUUAAAUAUAUCAAGAAUUUGCCUACUGCUACAGAGAGACAUGCAGAAAUGGCAUUACUGGCAGGGGAUGUGCCGAUGGCAGAAGGUAUAUUGUUACAAAGCAGUUUAAUUAAGGAGGCUAUACAUAUCAACAUCCAAAUUUAUAAUUGGAAUAGGUAAGUUAGAAAGUAACACAAGAUUUAAUUAUAAAAUAA